AUGAAUUACCAGUUAGAAUCUGGCACGGUUAUCAGCUUGGCUUCACCCAACUACCCAGCGUAUUACCCUCCGAAUUCCAAUGUUAAUUGGACUUUCCAGUAUGCAGAAGGAGUAGAUGAUACCAACAUUGUAUAUGUCAUACGAUUUGGAAAUAUAGCACUCUAUUGGGGUGACUACCUUACAGUUGGAUCUGGUUCAGAUAUCCUCCGCAGAUAUGGCAACUCUUAUUUUGGGCAGCCACCAGACCUGACAAUACCGGCGGGUGAUAUCUAUAUUGCAUUUAGUUCUGAUGGGAGCAUUGAGAGAAGCGGGUUCAACUUGACACUCUUGGUUUUGUACGAUGAUCCAGAGCCAGUUUCAGGUCUCGUGUUUGUCGCAAACCCUGGCUUUGAGAAUAUUCAGGUAGCAGCUUUUGAUGAUUUUGAUGUGUUCUCUUUGAACUUCACCUCCUUUGCACAAUUGGAUGGAAGUUUUCCUAUAGCUGUUGACUUUGAUCCAUAUAUUGAGACUGUGUUCUGGACUGACCUUUAUAAUGGUAUCCUGCGAGGGAGCCUUGAUGGGUCAAAUCAGUAUACUCUAUAUUCCAAUACGUCUGAUCCAGAAGGUUUAGCACUUGAUUUGAUGCAUCAGACGGUGUAUUGGACGGAUAAAGGAUUAGAUGAAAUAAACUCUAUAUCUUACAAUGGCACAAUGAAACAAACCAUUAUUAACACAGAUUUGGAUGAACCUAGAGCGAUUAUCAUACAACAAGAAUUAAGAGUGAUGUUUUGGUCAGACUGGGGCAAUCGACCAAAGAUUGAGCGAGCUAAUUUAGAUGGAUCCAAUAGAACAAUCAUUGUGGAUUGUGACGGCACAUGUCGAUGGCCAAAUGGGAUUUCGUUCAAUGACAAUGGCACUUUACUAUAUUGGAUAGAUAACUAUUAUGAUAACGUUGAAGUUGUUGAUCUAUGGGGUGCAAACAGAAGAACCAUUCUUCAAUUGGAGAAUGUAGGACCUUUUGAUAUUGCUGUAUUCAAGUCCAACAUUCUUUGGACUGAUUUUGAUUCAGCACUAUCACAUGCUUGGACAUAUGCUAAUGGCAGUGGUGUUGUUAUGGACACUGCACCGGACGUGUUCUCCUCUCCAACAGGAAUUCAUGUUUAUAUAGGAAAUAUCAGUGGCUUCACUUUACCAACACCACAACUGCCAACACAACCACCCCCAGCAGAGUCAACAACAGGUCUUCCUAGUACAACUCCUAUGGAUACAUCAAUCUACCUCGAUGUCGGAGAAUCCCACGAGAUCCGGUCCCCAGGUUAUCCUGACUUCUACCCAAACAAUGCAAUGACUACCUGGUACAUCACAACACCUUCAGACUACACCUUGGAAAUCAUAUUCCAUGAUUUCAAUCUGGAACCAAAAUUUGACGGUCUAAGCAUAGGGAAAGGUCAUACACCAGGGAGUAUGCUGUGGAAGCGUCUUUCUGGAUUAGAAUUAUCUUCCCCUCCUAUCAGAUUCAGUGGUUCUGAGUUUUGGAUGGUGUUCACCAGUGACAUAUCAGAUACAUAUCAGGGAUUUCUACUAGAGCUAGUAGUGGUUUCUGAGUCUACAGAGUGUGGCAGUGGCUCUUUCAGAUGUAACAACAAGAAUUGCCUGUUGAAUGCUACGUAUACGGUGACCUGUGAUGGCCGAGAUGACUGUGGAGACUUUUCUGAUGAGGAAUAUUGUCCGUCAUGUGUUCCUAUUCCAAGUUCUGUGUGUGGACAAUUGCCAUACAACUUGACGUACUUUCCAAACCGCCUGUUUGAGACCUCUGAAGAUGCAGUUGCUUAUUACGAUUUUCUAUUCCAGGUAAACAGUAUUGGAACUUGUCAUCCAAGGAUGUCGGACUUUGCUUGUAAUAUCAUGUUCCCGGAGUGUACUCAUCAUGGCCCAACCAUCCGACCAUGCUACAAAGAUUGUGUGAAUGUGACACUGCAUUGUAAAGACAUGUAUGAAUCUUUCGGCGAACCCUGGCCUGUGGAUUGUGAAGACUUCUCAGAUGCAGAGCGAAUCCCUACUGGAUACUGCCGUGGAACAUCAACAGAUCUGUUUCAAACUGAUAUCUGUGGUACAAGACCAGGAUUUGGAAAGGAGCAGGAGUUUGCAGAGAUAGUAGGUGGGGUCAAUGCAUUCUCUGGCGAAAUUCCAUGGAUAGUCUAUUUGGAAAGUGACGAUAAUUUAUUCUGUGGAGGUACUUUGAUUACCUCUAAAUGGGUAGUGACUGCAUCCCACUGUGUUGAUGAUGGUAAAAGAGUAGAUGCUGUUGUCCUUGGAGCUCUUAACAGCGAAAGCCCUUCUGAGUAUCAGCAAAGAAUUGAACCCAGUGGAAUAUUUCUUCAUCCUGACUACAAUUUUGGUAUCGAGUUCAAUGCGGACAUAGCACUCAUCGAGCUAUCCACACCUGUCAAUUUCACCGAUUACAUCAGACCUGCAUGUCUUGCAAAUUCAUCCAAAGAAAGCUCCCUCUACAGCCCUUGCUUGAUUGCUGGAUGGGGGAAUGACGGAAAUGGUAAUUAUCCAGAACACUUGCAGAAGGCAGUUGUCACUUUGUUUGAAGUUGACGAAUGUAGGAGUUUUUACGGAAAUUACUCUGUUAAUGAGAACAUGCUAUGUGCAGGAUAUGAAAGAGGAGAGAUAGAUUCCUGUGAUGGUGACAGUGGCGGCCCGUUGGUGUGUGAAGGCGGAGACGGCAGAUGGCAUUUGGUUGGUGUAACCAGCUUUGGAAGGGGAUGUGCAAGACAAGGUUUUCCAGGCGUUUAUGCAAGGGUCUCUAAGCUAUUGCCUUUCAUCCUCAGCAUUGUGGAAAGUAAUACAGAUACUGCUCCCUCAUCAACAGAUUUCUAUCACGAAGUAAGCGAAGGAGCUAGCAUCCAAAUCAUGUCGCCAAACUUCCCUGGUUACUACCCACCAAACGUUCAAUAUCGCUGGUUCUUCACCAAGGACAAUGAAGACCUGCCUUUUUACAUCACCAUCUUGGAAUUGUCCUUAAAUUACUAUGACUAUCUUGUGGCAACAGCAAAUAACCCAGAAACGAACACCACAUCCAACAUUUUCUACAGAGGAUACUACUCAUAUGAUUAUGAGAACACAUUCCUGGUUAAUGAUUCAGAACUGAUUGUUCUCUUCUCAUCGGAUGAAUACUAUAGUGAUACAGGAUUCAGACUUGAAGUAUCCUUGCUGAACACAUCAGGUUAUUUCUUCUGCGAUGGGAGUGCGUGGCACAACCGUUCAGUGCAAUGCGACUUAAAUUUCGACUGUGAUGAUGGGACUGAUGAAAAUGGAUGUGAUAUUGAAUUAGCAGUUGGUGAAUCAGUGAAUAUAACAUCAGACUAUCAUUCAAAAGGUGGCUAUGUGCUAUGGAAGUUCAGUACGUCAAACCGGGCUUUUCUGAUCGAACCAUCAUAUCAUUAUCUAAAUUAUGGCUCGUACCUCACCUUUGGUUAUGGACAUGACCCAAACAUCAAUGGCACCAGGAUGUUGACUAUAUACUCCUAUGAUGACACCUAUUAUACCAUCUUUCCAGAGUCAGCUCAGUUCCACUUGAUGAACAAUUCGCAAAUGUUUAUUGAAUAUAAGUACUCGUAUUACAGUUACGAUUACUUCAGUUUCCAAAUCACUUCUGUAGAUGGUGGAGACUUUGAAUACUGUGACAUUGAACCAAGUACUGAAGCUGUCAAAACAGAAUCCCUGUGCAAUGGAAUAAUAGAGUGCAAGAAUGGCAACGAUGAAUAUAUGUGUGAUCCAUUUGAAGUAUCCCAAGGAGAUGUCUUGACUCUUCAGUCAUACGGAAGUAUAUAUUACUCCGGAUAUCAGGCAACAUUUGUAACUUGGUCCCUCAUUGCCCCUGAUGAUACCUAUCUCGUGCUCCAUUUCACAAUCCUUGCCAUCGCUCAAAAUGAUACGUUGUGUGUAGGACAAGGAAAUGAUGCUCUAAAUGAUUCAUCCAUCAUUAGCUGCAUUUCAGUAUUCAAUAGUCUGGGCUAUUGGUAUUACUGGGAAGAUGAACCUAACGAUGUCUACGCCAGCGUUGUGACUGGUCCCACCUCAAGCAGUCUUUGGGUAUGGUUUAACUCAACAUCUGAUUAUGAACGAAGUGCAUUCCAAAUCCUUGCUUCAGCUGUAUCAGAAGUAGAUGACUACAUACCGUGCGGUGAUAGCACUCACUUGUUCUACCAUGUGAACCAAUCAUGUGAUGGAGCAGCUGUCUGUCCGGAACGUGAAGAUGAAACUGGUUGUCCUCCACGGCAGAUAAACUUCUCUGCUGAUUCCGAAAACAGUCCUGUUACAGUUGGUAUUAUGUUAUACUCUGAGAUCAGACCAAACCUUCAUAUCAUAUGGACAGUUCAUGCAGAAUCUGGAGUGCUGGCUUUUAUCCUCAGGGAUUAUAACGUGAAUGAUUACACUGGAGAAGAUGUACUUCAAAUAGGAGAAGGCCUGCUAUCUGGAGGAAGAGUUCUCUUCAAUGCAACAGAUAACUACAACUAUUAUUACAAAUAUUACAGAUAUGUUGAGACAACAACAACUGAUGGCUGGAUUGUCUUCAAAACAGGGUCUCUUAUUGGAUCUUACUUCUCACUGAUCAUCCGAAAUGGGAAUAUCACUGGUGAUUUCUGUGACUUUGAACUUGGUACUUUCUGUUCCUGGAAACCAACAAAUGAUUCAACAAGUUAUUACAGAGGACCCUGGGCUGUUACCUCAGGCAACGAAUCUUACUCUCAGUAUCAGGAACUUGACCAUACUCAUAAUUCGACAGAUGGCCUCUACUUAUUGAUGUCGCCCUCCUAUUACUACUACGAAGACUACACUUUGGAAAUGGAAGUAUUGAGGUCUGAUCCCCUUGCUGAUCAAUGUCUAUCAUUUUGGUACAUCAUUACCGGGAGACUUCAUCUCAGAAUCUCUUACAAAACUAAUGGAUCAGAGGCUGAUUAUUUCUUGCUUUGGAUGAACCAAGGUCCGGAAGAACACGAUUGGGCAUAUGCUGAAGUCAACCUGUUUGGCCUCCCAUCUGGAACUGCUAUUCUUGAAGGGAUCUCUGAUGACUAUUAUGACUACUAUAGCUACAAAUUCAUUGCUAUAGAUGAUAUAGGAAUUGUGUCUUGUAGCACUGGAGUUAUCCGUUGCUCCGAGUUGAGAGAUUGUGAAACUGAGGAGAUCCUUGAUGAGCUCUCUGACCAGGGUGUCACGGAAGUCUUCCGUGUUUCUUCCUUUAAUAACGGAGACAUUCUUGGGCCCAACUGA